AUGUCCCUUCCUAAAACUGGUUCUCCGGAACCCGAGGACAGAGUUAGGGGUGACACAGUAUCACAACUGGCGUCCAGCCCCGAUAUGUACAUCGAGGGGCUCCCCACAUCCGUCGAAUGGCUUCGAGAACAGCUACCAUCUGCGGGAGAAGCUGCAAGUUACACUGCCUCAUUGUUUCCUUUCGUCUCAUGGGUUAGCCAUUACAACAAUAUACAGUGGUUGGCGUCAGACGUGGUUGCUGGCGUCACCAUUGGUGCUGUCGUGGUUCCCCAAGGCAUGGCCUACGCCCUUUUGGCAAAGCUACCCCCCGAGUACGGCUUAUACUCCUCCUUCGUGGGGGUAAUGCUGUACUGGAUAUUCGGUACCUCCAAAGAUAUCUCCAUCGGGCCCGUGGCGGUUCUUUCCACAGUUGUCGGUAACGUGAUCGAGGCAGUUCGCACUUCGGGACUUGAUACUCCACCCCAAAUUAUUGCCUUCACUCUAUCAGUAGUUUCUGGUAGUAUUGUUCUCGCUAUUGGCCUGCUUCGUUGGGGUUGGAUCGUUGACAUUAUACCCCUCACCUCCUUGUCUGCUUUCAUGACUGGAUCUGCGGUAACUAUUGCCGCCAGCCAACUCCCAGCACUUUUGGGAGUUAAAGGUUUCUCAAACCGAGACCCGCCAUACCAGGUCAUCCUAAAUACCGUGAAGCAUCUUGCAGAAGCGAAGACGGAUGCUGUAUUGGGAAUCACUGCCCUCGUCAUAUUGUAUUUGAUCCGACACUCGCUGGCCAAGGCGGCUGAACGCUUUCCUAGGCACAAGCGUUUCAUCUUCUUUCUCAGCACUAUGCGGACAGUUGCCGUCUUGGUGAUGUUUACAACGGCGAGUUAUUUGAUCAACGCAGAUAGACCACAGGAUCCCCUUUUUGAUAUCUUGGGUCACAUCCCUCAAGGCUUUCGACACAUUGGUGUGCCUCAGGUUGAUUUUAACCUUGUUCAUCGCUUCUCUUCUCUUAUCCCCGCAACUGUCAUCGUGAUGGUGGUCGAACACAUGGCUAUUGCGAAAAGCUUUGGCAGAGUAAACAACUAUACGAUCGACCCUUCUCAGGAAAUGGUCGCUAUUGGGAUCACAAAUAUGCUUGGCCCCGUGUUUGGCGGAUAUUCUUCUACAGGCUCAUUUAGCCGCACCGCGAUCAACUCCAAAGCCGGAGUUCGCACGCCGGCAGCAGGGCUCUUUACUGGUGGCAUUGUUCUACUGGCGACCUACUUCCUAACAGAAAUAUUCUUUUUCAUCCCCAGCGCUGCUCUGUCUGCCGUGAUCAUCCACGCUGUGGGUGAUUUGGUUACAUCGCCCUCUACCGCCACUCAGUUCUGGCGUGUGUCGCCUAUCGAGUUUUUCGUCUUCGUGGUCGGGGUGCUGGUCAGCUUCUUUGCUGGAAUAGAAGACGGCCUCUACACCACGAUCGGGCUCUCCAUUGCGAUCCUUCUUUUCCGUCUUCUGCAAGCCCGUGGCGACUUCCUUGGGCGAGUCAAAGUACACUCGGUAUUGGGAGACCACAUCAUCGGCGAUAGCCAUAGAGAGGUGGUGGCCCAAUACGGCACUUUCGAUCAAGACACAACCGAAAACUCGGCCCGGGCCCGGAAUGUGUAUUUACCUCUCAAUCACGGUGAUGGCUCAAACCCCGAGCUUAACAUCGAGACCCCUUAUCCAGGGAUUUUCAUCUACCGGUUUUCCGACGGCUUCAAUUUUACCAACGCGAACGCAUCGCUCGAUUACUUGACAGAGUUCAUCUACGACAAUACAAAGCAGACCAGCCCGGUGUUCUUUGAGCGGCCGGGAGACAGGCCCUGGAAUGAUCCCGGACCAAGACGAUCUGCCAAAUCGCUCGCGAAUCCCUUACACGACCGGCUGCCCUGCCUCAAAGCUAUUAUUCUUGAUUUCAGUUCCGUGAAUAAUGUCGAUGUCACGUCUGUGCAAAGACUGAUAGACGUGAGAAAUCAGUUGGAUGCCUAUUCCACCCCCGACGUGGUGGAUUGGCACAUCGCCUGCAUCAACAACAGAUGGACGAAGCGAGCUUUGGACGCAGCUGGGUUCGGGGUACCGUCCAAUCACAAUGAAGAAAUGCAUCAUAGAUGGAAGUCGAUUUUCAGCAUCGCUGACAUUGGCGGACGAAAUUCAGCGGCAGCUGUUGCAGAAGAGUCUCGCAUGAGCUCGUUCGCGCUCAGAGACGAUGAGGAAGCCUCAAGUAUAGAGGGAAUAAGCCCACUUGCGGAGAGAGAGGGCGACAUUGGCAUGGAGAAGACUGGGGCAGCCUCUCCAAGGCGGAACCGAGGGGUGGGAGGAGGCUUGGCCAUCCACAGCGUGAACAAACCUCUGUUCCACGUGGAUUUGACGAGCGCGCUGCAGAGCGCUAUUGCAAACGUCGAAGCGAAAGAGGAGUUUAAAUUUUCACGGCAAAUGGAAACUUAG